AUGCGCCUGCAGUAUAGAAGACCAGUUGGACUCGUCGUCUGGGGAUCCCGGCAGCGUCGCGACGUGAUCAAUGGGGACUGCGUGGUCGGCCAGCCGUUUGUCGACGGCAGAGAUGCUGUUCCUCCCCAUUACCCGUUACCAAUGGCACCAGUGGCGCCCUCUCUGGCUCCGCGGGGUCAUCGCGCUGAGAAUUACGUUGCAGCGAUUUCACUUGCUGCCCGGGUUCACUCCGUCUCCAUGCCUGACCCGGUGCGCCAUCGACGGUGGUAG